CUUUGGGGUAACCUGAUGAGGAAGGAGGAUCUUUUCUUUACGGAAAAGGAUUACUGGAGCGGUUAUGUCAUUUUAUUUCAGAGCCUCCCACAGUCAGCGUCUUCCUGGAAAAACACACGUGGAUUUCCACUCACUCGAGCCAAGCGGGAAAAGCGGGCGAGCCACAAUAACAACAUCAUCAUCGUCAUGGCAAGUCACGGGCUCGCCUACGACGGCUGCAACUUCUUCAGGCAGCGCCUCGUUUUGUCCACGCUGAGCGGGAAGAGGGUUAAAAUUCGGAAUAUAAGGUCCAAAGAUGACAACCCGGGGCUCCGAGAUUUUGAAGCCAGCUUCAUCAGACUGCUGGACAAAGUGACCAACGGCAGCAGAAUAGAAAUAAAUCAAACAGGCACUGUGUUAUUCUACCAGCCCGGCUUACUUUAUGGGGGAUCUAUAGAACAUGACUGUAGUCUGCAGCGCUCCAUAGGUUACUACCUGGAGGCCCUGCUCAUGCUGGCUCCCUUCAUGAAGACACCACUGAAAGCCAUCCUGCGAGGCAUCACCAAUGACCCCACAGACCCCACAGUUGAUCUGCUGAAGUCCACAGCUCUUCCUUUAAUGAAGAAGUUUGGCAUUGAGGGUGAAGGCUUUGACCUUAAGGUGAUGAAGAGGGGAAUGGCACCUAAUGGAGGAGGUGAGGUUGUCUUCACGUGUCCCGUCUGCAAGACCAUUAGGCCUGUGCAGUUUACAGAUUCCGGAAAGAUUAAGAGAAUCCGAGGAGUAGCAUAUUCAGUGAGAGUUUCCCCUCAGAUGGGCAACAGGAUUGUGGAGUCGGCACGUGCCGUCCUGAACCAGUUCAUUCCAGACAUCUACAUCCACACAGACCACAUGAAGGGCGCCAACUCUGGCAAGUCACCAGGUUUCGGUCUGACGUUGGUGGCGGAAACUCUGGAAGGCUGUUUCCUCAGUGCUGAGAUGUCAUCUACGCCCCAGGGUCAAGGAAAUCCCAUUUUGCCCGAGGACCUGGGCCGCAACUGUGCCAAGCUGCUGCUGGAGGAAGUGUAUCGGGGCGGAUGCGUGGAUUCGUCCAAUCAGAGCCUGGCGCUGCUCCUGAUGACCCUUGGCCAACAGGACGUGUCGAAGCUUUUGCUUGGACCACUCUCACAGUACACGAUUGAGUUCCUCAGACAUGUUAGAGAUUUUUUCCAGAUCAUGUUCAAAAUUGAAGUUCGCAAGUGUUUAGAGGAUGAACGGAAGGGGGGAGAUAAAGUCCUCAUGACGUGCGUCGGAGCCGGUUACAGCAACUUGAACAAAACCCUUAAAUAAAACAGUUUGUACAUAAGUUUCUUGCUGUUUUUAAUAUGACUGUCUCCAACAACAAUGAACAAGAAAAUACUGGUACCAGCUAUCUGUUAAUGAAAUGUUAAACUCAUUUGAAUUAUCUUGGUUUGUAAGGCUCAAUGACAAAAUAUUAGUAAAUCCACAUUCCUGUCAAGUAAUUCUCAGUGCUGGACUAUUCUGCUAGUGGAAAAGUCCCUUUUCAUUUCCCAGUUGACCGCCAUUUGUCAUUGCAGGAAUUUUGGGGGAGUUAGUCUUGGCCACACAGAUGUUUUAGGGCGUCGCUGUAGCUGCCUGACACUUCAGACUGAGGGGGAAAAAAGUGAGGAAAGUUGAACUUUAGUCAUCUUUUAAAUAUUUAUCAAGGUUAUGUUGUGUAAUGUGUUUGUAUAUAUACCUCUAGCUGACAGUAGAGUGAAUAUCCAAACAGCUUCUUGUACUCUGCUCUAAUGUCCAGCAAGUCGAUUUCGGAGCGACUCACCAGUAUCCGGGUCAGUGUGGACUCUGUGGUCCCUAAACCCUAAAGACACAUUUUAAAAUAUGAACUAAAGUUAUCAAGAGAUGGCACACAUUUCAAAGCAAAUAUCAUCAUUAAUUGGUCUUUUGUAAUGGUACAUUUAUCACCCACUGUAACCAUUUCAGCCAAUGUAGCCCCCCCCCCCCCCCCCCCCCCCCCCCCCCCCUCCAAAAAAAGCAGCAGGCUUAACAUUACUCUCUGUGCUAUUGAUGAGAAUGUGAUCGUCCGCUGUGGCGUAACUGAACAUAAAGGCACCAAACAAUGUUUUGGGCUCUCGUUAAAUCGACGUGGCUCACCUUCAUGCUCUCGAAAAGCCUCUCUGCAAGGUACGCAGGGACAUUCUUCACGCAUUUGACUAGAGGGAACAAAAUAAAAUAUACACAUUAAGAGGACAUCUAUGAUCUUAUAAACUAAAUGGUCAAAGUGGAGCAUCCUACACACCAUAUACUGGGCUGAAAAAAGUAAUGAAAUGAGGUGUAUAAUAAGGGAGGGAAAGACUGGGUACACCCUGGAUAGGUCACCAGCCAAUCGCAGGGCACAUUAAUGGACAGCCAUGAACUUUGGGACGAUUUAGGCUUUAAUGAACCUAAGAUGGAUGUUUUUGGAAUGUGGGAAGGAAGCCGGAGUACCCAGAGAAAACCCACCACAAGCACAGGCAAACUCCACAUGGAAUGGGACUGUGUUUGGAAGCCAAAACUCCUGAGAGAAACCUCAACUGUGAGGCAGAUAGGCUAACCACUAGUUCGCCAUUUUGCCUGAGAUCUGCCAUUCAUCAGAUAAUUUGAUUUAAGAAAAAUAAUUCAGCGCAAUGUAUAAUAAAAAUGUUUCCACAUAAUUAUGACUCGUAACGAAUAUUCUUAUCCUUUUUUAAAAAAUAUGAAUUUAAAUGAAUAAAUUCAUAAAAUUCUAACUUAAUUGUGAAAAAAAAAUACAUAAAAUACAACCUUUUUAAAAAGGAAAAACUGGACCCCCACCCAUCCACUCGUGCUUAAGGAAGAAUAUGAAGUCCACAGUUCAACAAAUGUGUCUUGUUUGUCUGUCUUACCGACAGCCACCAGAAGCUCCUCCAGGAUUCCGGACAUUUCGCUCUCAAUGCUUUCCUGCAGAGUCUUCUUGCUUAUGUUCUUGUACU